UUGGACUUGUUCAGGUAUGAAGGCGCUGCCAAGUUAGCCAUGCACAUAAAUGGAGGCUCUGUUUUUGAAUAUUCCUUUUUGCUUUUUUAACUCAUUCGCCGAGCACACCAAAAGCAAAACAAAUUUACACAGGUAGAGGAAAAUAACAAUGUCCUGUAGAAGGAAGGAAGACGCUUCCUGUCAUAGCGUGCAUGGACCGGAUAUAGCUAAUGUGGGGAAACUUAUCUUCAUAUUAAAAUCUCUUGUUUCUUUGCUGCUUCCCACUCCCUGUUUAACAAUGUCAGGUAAUUUACUAUUGACACUCUUGUUAUUAUGCUCCUUGCUUAGCUGCAACGCUCAAAAUCAGGGAAAUAUAACCUUGGGAUCCAGCAUCACAGCAGGAUCCAAUUCCUCUUGGCUCUCAUCCUCUGCCGAUUUCGCCUUUGGGUUCUAUCCUCUCACAAAUGGCCUCUUCCUUGUUGGGAUAUGGUUUGCUAAUAUACCCAAUAAAACACUUGUUUGGUCAGCAAAUCGUGACAUCCCGCUGCCAACAGGAUCAAACGUCACCCUGACUGAGGAUGGCAGGUUUGUGUCUACGCACACCAAUGGAAGCAUAUUUCCUAUAUACGAUGGUGGUGCUGCCAGUUCAGGUUCCAUGCAAGACAACGGCGAUUUCGUCUUGAUGAAUUCAGGUUCACAGCCCAUUUGGCGGAGCUUCGAUAAUCCAACAGACACAAUUCUGCCAGGCCAAGAACUCAAGAAGAAACAAUCCUUGUUUUCCAACGCCAACGGAACAGUGGAUUUCUCAACCGGAAGAUUCAAGCUGGAGAUGCAGGAGGCCGAUGGAAAUCUGGUGCUUUCAGCUUUCCGAUUUGGUGGUCCAGCCUAUUGGUUCACGGGAACUUCGGGUCAAAACGCCAGUUUGGUCUUCAAUGAGAGCAGUGCGUUAAUGUAUAUCGUCAAUGAAACUGCGAUUAUUUACCAGAUGACGAAAACAAGCGAUUUGCCAACUUCAAUUAAUAGCUAUUACCACAGAGCAACGAUAGAUGAUGGUGGAAAUUUUCAGCAACAUAUCCAUCCCAAAGUUAAUGGAAGCCAGUGGAUAAGCGUGUGGAGAGCAAUCACUCAACCAUGCAAUGUGAAUGGCAUAUGUGGUGUGUAUGGAUACUGCACUACCGAUAAUAAUCAAACACAAACAGUAACUUGUAGCUGCCUUUGAGGUUAUUCUUUAUUGGAUCCAAAUAUCCCCUCCAAAGGUUGCUUUCCUGACAUUCCACCGGAACAGUGCAGCAACAACACUCGAUCGCAGGUGACUUACACAGUAGAUCAGAUUGAAGACGCCGACAUCCCAAAUGAUUUUACGGCAGAUUUGGCAGAGAUAAGAAAUAUAGACCUGGCCAAUUGUACCAAGGCAGUUCAGGAUGAUUGCUACUGCAUGGCUGCUACAUUCAAUGUGAGUGGAUCUGUUUGUCGCAAGUUAAGGAUUCCUUUCUUUACUGCGAGGAAGAGUAACCCUGCUACUAUUGGGGUAGUAGCCCUCAUCAAGGUUCCUGUUGGGACUAAUAAUAUUCCAGAGGAUGGAGAAAAAGAUUCCCGUACUGUUCUUAUAGUGUGCCUUUCAGUAACCAGCGUGCUUGUCCUGUUUUUCGCAGCGUUUGCGCUCUAUUACCACCCUAUAACCAAAAGAUUCAAAUCCAGAAAAGCUCCAUCAGUUCCAUACGCAUCGGAUUUUAACUUGAGAGCAUUUACAUUCCAGGAACUGUAUGAAGCAACAGAUGGGUUCAGUAACAGGAUAGGAAAAGGAUCUUUUGGCACUGUUUACAGUGGCACUCUUGGUUUCGAGGAUAAAGAAAUUGAUAUCGCAGUGAAGCAGUUGGACAACGUGAUCGAACGGGGUGAGAAGGAAUUUUUGACAGAAGUGAAGGUAAUUGGCCAAACCCAUCACAAGCAUCUGGUUAAGCUAGUGGGCUUCUGCAACGAGCGAAGCCACCGUCUUCUGGUCUAUGAGUUAAUGAAAAAUGGGCCACUAUCUGGUUUCCUAUUUCGAGAAGAGGAGAAACCAAGCUGGGAUCACAGGGCAACCAUAGUGCUACAAAUUGCGAGAGGCUUAUUAUAUUUGCACGAGGAAUGUGAUACCCAAAUCAUCCACUGUGACAUUAAGCCGCAGAAUGUGCUACUUGACGAACAUUACACGCCCAAAAUUGCAGACUUUGGCCUAGCAAAGCUGCUAAUGAAGGAUCAAACAAGAACAAGUACCGAUAUGAGGGGAACAAUGGGUUACAUGGCGCCAGAAUGGCUCAAGCAUGCUCCAAUAACAGCCAAAGUAGAUGUCUACAGUUUUGGAGUGAUGCUGCUGGAAAUAAUUUGCUGCAGAAGGCACAUAGAGCUGAAUAGAAUCGAGGAAGAGACGGAAGAGGAUGACCUAGUGUUAACAGAUUGGGUGCUGAAAUGUGUUAGAAUGGGGAGGCUAAAUUUGGUGGUUAAUAAUGAGCCUGAAGUACUGGAAGAUUUCAGAAGGUUUGAGAGACUGGCAAUGGUAGGAUUAUGGUGUGUUCAUCCUGACCCCAUCCUCCGACCAACCAUGAAGAAGGUAACACAGAUGUUGGAAGGCACAGCAGAAGUAGGAGUUCCACCACUUGCUAUUGAUCUCUCAUUGUCUUAAAAAUAAAUUUAAAAUAAAGAAGUACAGCAUAGUUACAUUGA